AUGGAUACAGACAUCGUGGUAAACGAAAAGUUUGACUUUAUAAUGCUAAAUAUUGCUAAAGAAUGUGGAGACAUUAACAGUUUGAUGAACCAUUUCUUCUCCUUCCUGUUGCGUAAAACAGACUUUAUUACCAACUCGAAAAACAUAGAACAAUGUGAAGAGAUCGUUUUGAAAACGCUCAGGAAGUACUACAAACGCAAGGAAGAAUAUGUGAAAAAAUUAAAAAUGGAAUACGAAAAAAUGGAUGAAGAAAAAAAAAAAAUAUACGAAAGGGAACACAGUAACAGUAAUAGUGGGAAAGACGAAAUAAACGGGAAGAAGAAAAGCACAAAUUCAAAAAUGAACAAUAAUAUGAAAAACGUAAAUACAACAUCUCCUUUGGACAACAUGCAGAAGGAAAAGCGUGUUGUAGAAAUUGAUGAGGAUGGAAAUAUUGGAAACGAAGAGUUAGCCAUUAAUCAACACCUUCCGAACGGAAAAGGGGACUCCAAAAAAGACGGAGGUGAAAAGAGAACCUCUCCUAUUAGUGAAUAUUCCAGCAAAGCGAAAGCGAAGAAUGAAGGGAAAGCAAAUAAAUCAGAGGAAUCCGACGAGGACACUAAUGAUGAACCACCUAAGGGAAAUGGUGGACAAACAGAAAAAUACACAUGGACGCAAACUAUAAACAGUCUCGAUAUGUACAUAAAUCUGGACCAAAAGGUAAAAACGAAAGAUAUAAAGUUGGAAAUAACGUACAAGAAAUUGUAUGUGAGUGUUAAAAACGAAGUUAUUAUUGAUGGAGAAUUUUAUAAACAUAUAAAACCAGAGGAUUCCAUUUGGACCUUGGAAGAUAAUAGAGUUAUUCAUGUGUGCAUUGAAAAGCUAAACGGAAUGGAGUGGUGGUCUACCGUUAUUAAGGGCGACUCCGAAAUUGACGUUAAAAAAAUCGUUCCAGAAAAUUCCAGGAUGGAAGACCUCGAUGCGGAGACUAGGUCCGUGGUCGAAAAAAUGCUCUACGACCAGAGGCAGAAGGCUAUGAAUUUACCCACAUCUGAUGAACAGAAGAAGUUUGAAAUUUUUGAGAAGUUCAAGAAAAUGCACCCAGAGAUGGAUUUUUCCAAGGCUAACAUUAACUACGGUAGUUCCAACCCGAACAACAUGUUCUUUGGCAGAUAA